UGUGCCUUGAUCUAUAUAAAAGACCUUCCUUGUGUUGAGUUUCAUUGACCUCUCCCGAUCUCUUGUCCAUAUUCAUCUCAUCAGAAUGAGCUACUUGAAUAUGAUGGAGGCUAGAUUGCCUCCAGGGUUCAGAUUUCACCCUAGAGAUGAAGAGCUCGUGUGCGAUUACUUAACAAAGAAAAUCUCAGGAGAUAAAAGUGGAAGCUUGUUUGGUUGUCCUACCAUGAUCGAUGUUGAUCUCAACAAGUGUGAGCCAUGGGAUCUUCCAGAGAUAGCUUGUGUGGGCGGCAAGGAGUGGUACUUCUACAGCCUUCGUGAUCGAAAGUAUGCAACGGGCCAAAGAACCAACAGGGCGACAGUAUCAGGAUACUGGAAGGCCACAGGCAAAGACAGACAUGUAACUCGAAGGGGAGUGCUCGUGGGGAUGAGGAAGACAUUGGUGUUCUAUCGAGGUAGAGCCCCUAAGGGGAGGAAGACUGACUGGGUCAUGCAUGAAUUUCGAAUGGAAGUAUCUGAUGACAAGUCAAAGUUUUCAGUUAAGGAGGAUUGGGUGUUAUGUAGAGUAUUCUACAAGAGUAGAGGCCUCGCCGCCAAUACAAGCACUUAUCAUACUGAUACCAACUAUGAAGGCACAUGUUCUUCCUCUCUUCCGCAAUUAAUAGAGACAUAUCUCACCAUUGGCCAAGUGCCCUGCUUCUCCAAUCCCUUCCAUGACUUGGCAGGGCCGACAGUGGGCCCACCGAUUCCGGCCAUCGAAAGAAGCAUCCCCUUCAACCAAUUGGACCAACUGAACCAAUUGGACUAUGAUAACAAAGUGAUAAGUUCAGUUUUCAGUCACCUGACUAAACUGGAGGGAAACCAAAGACCUGCAGCAAGCCUUGGAGAAAGAAGCAUAGGUAGCUACUUAAUAAGUGACAAUGGGUUAUCGUUUAUUGGGAAUUAGAAGGGGAGAAUUAUGCUCCUUUGCAUUAUUAGCUCUAUGUAAAACUAGUACAUAGUUAUGCAUACAUAUGCAUACAUAUGAAAGAAGACUAAACAGGGGAUCAUUUCAUUGACCCAACCCCAACAC